AUGCACGAGUUCGCCCUCUACGGCCAAGUGCGAAAGGAUGACCACCAUCGAAUGCUCCAGCAACUAGCCGGAUUUGCACGUAUGCAACCCCAAGAUGCCAAAGAGAUCCACCUGGUCUUCAAGGCCCGCCAGCCUCCUGGAGUCGAUCUUGUCCAGUCUAUUGGUGCGUCGCAUCUCGCCAGUCAGUCACAGCAGGACAACAUCCAGCGUGUUAAGAACAUGCUCAAUGCUGGCUUGUACUAUGUCCAACUGGUUGGGGAGGUGUCGCCAGGGACACGGGCUGGAGUCUCAGAGAAUGGUGACGUGACCAUGACAGAUGUCAACGGUGGCCAAGGGGCGGAAAAGUCCAGUGUGAAGUGGUCCUUUGAAUUUAAGGACACUCCAGACGCAGGCAAGCAGGCAGUCAGCUCAAGACUGAUCUCCCGGACGCCGAUGGAGGACGGCAACUUUGUCCAGUUUCUCGAUCAUUUUGGCUAUGACUACGUCUCGCGCUACAUCGUCGUUGGGUCACGGUUCUAUGACCAUGAUACAACUCUUUUCCUCCACAAGGUGCUACGACUGCCCCAAAUCGCUGCAGACCAAGCUAUUUCAGACGAAUCAUUCUUAUCCAAGCUUGACCAUCUACCCGAUGUGGAUGGCUCUGGUGGCUAUAUCCUCCAGGCAUCCAUCGAUGUAGUUGAUGGGAAUAACCCAGAGCUUAAGGAGCGAGCAACGCGGCAAUUAUUGGCUAUCAAGGAAGCGUUGAGGCAGGCAGUCGAUUUGUCGCCGGGCGAUAGAUUGGCACUGGAUACGCGGCUGCCUAUCACUUCACGUAGAGCUUGA